CGGCCGGGCAGUCUGGGGUGAGAACGCGACUGGGGAGGACGCGACGACCGGUGCUCCUGCCACACCGAGCCACGUCCACCGCAUCGACCUCACAACACCGGGACACCGACGGCGAUCAAGACUCGGGUCAACGGACAACAGCGGAGCUGAGGGAGGACCCAGUCCAGUGAGCCACGCCAGUCGACGCACCUGAUAGACGGUGCUGGGUCUAAGAGUGUUGUCGGAGGAGAACUUCGACGCUGUCCGUAGCGGCAGGAGUUAAACCUCACGGCUUGCAACGCUCGGAUAAUAUGAUUCAGGUGCUGGUACUGUUGGUGCUGCUCGCCGCAGCCCGCUCCCAGCCGCUCUCCCUGCUGGACUGCCUGGUGCGCCGUCCUCUGGAGGAUGUCGAGGGCAACGGACUCUCCACGGACACCCUGCGGCUACGGCAGCUGAGCGCCCCGCAGACCUGCGUGCCGCUCCUCUGUUCGGACGACAUCCUCACCGUCCACGAGUCUGGCGGCGUCACAUACGCCUCCGUCAGCGUCAACGAUCGCACGCCCGAGGGCUCCCAGUGUCUGAAGGACGUGGUGGCCUCCCGCGAUGCCUACCGCAAGUCCAACUUCCCCGUGACGUUCUACGCGGCUGGCGACCUGCAUCUCGUGUUCUAUGACUCAUCCUGCUCGGCAACGCGGCUGGCCAAGCAGCGACUCCUACUGCUCUCGGCUCUGAAGGGCGACUCCAUCCAGCCUCUGGAGGCGUUCAUCCUGUGCGACGCCGAUCUUCAGGUCACCAGACCAGCCAUGCACGUGCAGCCGCACAGCCGCUCGAGCGCCCCCGGCCCGGCCGUCACACACCUGACCAUGUACUCGGGCCCUCAGGCGAGGUCCGCAUCCAGCGGCUUCGUGCCGCAGUACGCCCGCUUGCGAUUGGCGCGAGACUUGGUGGUGUCCGUGCUGAGCUCCUGCGUCGGUGACCCGACCAAGAUGGAGCUCAUCAACCGUCUUGGUGCCACCUGGCUGGGAGAGAUGGACUCCUGCAUGCGACUCAUCUGUCAUAGCAACAUGGAGGAGCUGGCGCUGGGCUACUACAACUAUCUCCUCUACGACAACGAUAAGAUGGAGGGCGAGGAGUGCUUCAAGGCGCUGCAGACCAACGACAUCGGCAGCGUAGUGAACACGCCGCUCACCCAGGUGCGCGUGGUUAGCGCCGAGGGAGACACGUGCACCGGUACCAAGAUCAUGGUGCUCAACCCGACGUACUCAGGCACCUCCAAGAAGCUGCAGCGCUUCCUCUACUACCAGGCCUACAAGAUCCACUCGUUCGACUGUCCAGAGCUGGCCGAGACCUGUCUGCAGCAGAAGCUGUCGCAGCUCGGCCCUGCCACAGAGGCUGUGGAUCUCCCCACCAAGUCCGAGUUCUCCUACCAGUGUGCGAACCUGCUGUGCGACUCGCGCGUCAGCCUGACGCCCUCCGGCGUCAAGAAGAACGCCUAUAAGGUCAGCGUCGAAACGGAGAAGAUGAAGCCACUCAACAACGUCUGCGUCAAGUCGCUGAACCGCGAGAAAGCAGCGCGCAACGCCGAUGGCGUGACGAGCACACCUGUUCAGGCUCUCGGAAUCUCAUUGGAGUUCACGAUGUUGUAAGUGAUCUGAUGCUGGGUUCUUCAUUAUCGAUGGCCUGUGGGGUGGCCCGCCAAAGACAUUGCCGCCGUGAAGAGGCAAGUGGAACGUUGUCCGAGUGUGUUUGUUGUGAGUGCGAUUUGUACCACUGAUGAGUUGUGUGCGUUAUUGUACAUAGACGAAGAAUUUGUGUUCGUGUUGAAUAUGAGACACAAGUUCCAUGUAACAGUAAACAUAUGCUGCAAAACGAGGAUGAAAGAGCCCCUUGGGGGGGGGGGCUAUAUAUCUCACGUGUGGUAUCGGUAUUGGGCGUUCAAAUUACAUACGUAGCGAUUCUGUCGAUAUUUCGCGGAGCUAUGGAGUGCUUCCAACCUGCUCGCACCGAAAACGAUUAUCAUUGUCAUUGUUCGGCGGAAGUGACCGUGCUGAAUACACAUGAGUACGACG